AAACUAAAAUUACGUGAGAGAUUUGUGAAACAUAAAAGGAGAAGUCGAUUUAAGAGCGAGAGAGACUUCUUCAGCGGGAUUACACCCAUUUUCAAAAUUACGCGACCUCCCUGAAAAAUACUCUUACUUCAAAUGUCAGUUUUAUGUCACAAAAACUGCUAAAAAUAGCAAACGUAAACAAACUGGCAAAAGACAUUUUAAAUCGUAUUUAAUACCAAAACUGAACAAAAAUAAGCUAGAUAACUUAGAUAUACAAACUAAAGCACUAUACAAACCAUCACAACAGAAAUAUGUGCCGUGAAUAACUUUUAAAGUUUGAAAAAUAACAAUUUAUCCUGGAAUUUAGCUGUCCGUAUAAAACACGCGCGCUAGACUAUAACGAUAUGUUAUGAUUUUGUUUGUGCUUAAAUUUUGCAAUAAUUCUCACUAAAAUAUCUUGAAAAUCAUUGUAAGCAUGUUUAUAUAAAGCAUACAAAGCAUAUACAUCGUCAAGGAACCGCAAAACUCGAAGUUUAAACUUCGUGACCAAAUGACAUAAAACUGACAUGUCAACUCUAGCAUUUUCGUCCUUGGUCGCGUAAUUUUGAAAACGGGUGUAAGGAGUCCCGUAGGUAGAACUGCAAGGAAGAAGGGUAUUGAAGAUAGGAUGAAAGAGGAUAAACGAAUAAUAAUUAGGGACAAUGAAACAACUUAAAUUGGCAAAUAUAAUGUGAGAAAUAUAGAAAAAUACUGCCAUCUUUUUAAUUUACUACUUACACUUCCGGUUUAUACCGGAUAUGAUAAAUUGCGGCACGUGACGCCUGUCAAGAACGCGUUGUUUGUAUGAAAUUUAGUGUGAGGCGAUAUACAUUUUUUUAAUACAAGUUAAAAUAAUACAAAAGUAACUGAAUUUUGUUGUUUAACUCUGGUAACAAUAACAAAAAGGGUCAUUAAUUUUAGUUGUUUUACCAAAGAUUUUGUUGUGGCGGGACAUUUCAGCAUGUAGUUAGUCCCCAGCGAAUAUUUGCGGUGUUUUCAUGAAUAUUUAUGCAAAUUCUUAAACAGGUCAUGCUUCGCUGAUCAAAUAUUUACCUGCAGUUCAUGAUCUUGAAUCCUCUUCAUGAUGAAUUGGUAAACAGGUCAUGACCUUUUUGCUUUGAACAGAAUAGUUCAUGUUGUGUUAAUAAUGAAUUUUUAUUUGAAUCCUUCACCUAAUUCUAUAGUUCUUAAUUGUAGUUUCCCUAGUGUUUUUACAUGCAGUAUAUUCACCACUAGUAGUUAGAGUAUAGAAUACUUAAUUUAAUUGACCCUACUCUUCUCAUUGUUCUUCUCAUAGGCUACACAAUACUUAUAUUACAUACAGUACUUACUAGUACUUGUCCAAUACCUAUUUUAUACCAAAAAUUGCCAACCGAAAUUGAAAAUCGUUUCUUGGAAACCAAAAUAUUUUCCUGCGUGGAACGACGUUCCCAGGAUCCACCACUAUUUCCAGGUCUGACCUCGACAAGUAGGCUCCCUUUCGAAGUAUCAUAAUCUAGUAAAUAACUGCAGUACGUCUCUCAAAUUAUUUAAUAAUUACCAAUUGCAAGACUACAACAUGUACUAAAAAAUAGCAGUAAGUUAAUAUACAAUAUCAGCUCUGUUGCAGUAACUGCGCACCAGCUGUUAACCUCUGCUGUAACAACCUACUAAGUGAAACCUAUCUAGUUGCUACGAGCAGCUUACUAUAUUUGUCAUAAUUGAUUAAUAUAGCCCUCAAAAUGCAUGGUCACUGGUCAGCGGUACCUGCACUGUGUUUGCACCAAAUAUAAAUAUUGAUUCUAAUAAGACGCUCUUAAUUAAAUGUUAUCACGCGACAUUAGAUAAACAGCAUAGGAAACUGUUGAGGAAAAUGGGUACUUUUGUCUUUUUUAAAAUUGUCAUCGUUACAUGCGGCAUUUGUUUAUUGGAAAUGCACACUUGGCCCCAUGCAUGUAUACGGUGGCUCACAAGGGACAGCACAUAAAAUAGAAUCGAAGAUCAAACACAAAUAAAAAUAUAAAAUAACUUAAUAAGUGAAAGUCACACAAAUAAGAAAAAGUGCACAAAAGUAAAAUGUAUAUCUCCAUCACAGGUAAAAAUGUGCAAGUUGAAAAAGAAAUAGAUAUGCAAAGAAAAAUAUUAGAUACACACAUAAACCAAAUUAAAUGAACACGUGCAUCAAAGAAAGUGAGCUGUGCGCGCGCAUGGCAUCACAUGCCCGAGCCAGGGCGCUUUAAACACACAGGGGUGUUUGAUCGCUCCCUGGCACGAACCAAUAUUCGCUCAGUGGCAUGAACUCAUGCAGAGCUUCCGUCUUUGUGUGGUUCUCGCGUGUAACAUUGUGCGCGCGCACAGUGUCACUUUCUUUUAUGUAUUUGCUCAUCUUCAAUUUUGUUAUGUAUGUAUGUAUGUAAAACUUUAUUUCAAUACGCUAACUUCGACAAUUAUUUACAACUGGUUUCCACGAAGGGCGUAUACACACAAAGAGCUAAAUGUUAAUUAUAUAUAAAACAAAGUAUGCAAGAAUCCCACCCUAAAAUUUUAUCAUCUUCCUCCCAAACCUCCACCCCCUAAACAAGUACCCACCCACCCUCACGCAAAACUAACCCCUUUCCCGCCCACAAUCUAUAUUGUCCUCCCAUCAUUUGGUCCUGGAGAAAUUAGCUUAUCAUCUGCUUAAAUGCAAUUUCGCCAUUGUUUUAAAUGACGUAAUUGACUCAGCCGCCUUGACAUCUUGCGGGAGACUAUUCCAUAGAAUUGCUCCACUGUAUCCAAAUGUUUUCUUUAGAAAUUCCGUUUUCGGUUUUUUUAACGAGAGAUCAGUUUCGCUAUUGCGUAAAUCAUAAAUAUUCUGCGAUGCAUUUCUCCGAGAAAAAAGAUCUUUAAGGUUUGGCGCAGUGUGGUUCCCCAAGACUUUAUACAUCAAUACUAGCUUGUUUUGUUCUCGUCUCCUAGCCAGGGUUUCCCAGCCUAAUUUGUUUAGGACUUCAGACGAUCUUACAUCGUAGUCAGCUCCGGUAAUCACCCUUGCUGCUCGAUUUUGGAAUUUUUGCAAUUUGUCUUGAAGUCCCAAACCACAGUUAUCCCACAGGGGAGAACAGUAAUCAAAAUGAGGCUGAAUUAAUGUUUUGUAGACAUCAUGUAAGGUUUUGUGUGGAACAUAAGGUUUUAUUCUUUUAAUUGCUCCUAUUCCAGCGCUAAUCUUAUGGCAUACAGAAUCAAUAUGUUUCUCCCAACUUAAUUUUUCAUCUAGAUUUACACCUAGACAUUUAAAUGUAUUGGUUUGUGGGACUGGGAUUUUGUUAAUCUCAACGGGUCUAUUUCCUAUUUUAUGAUUUAGAUUAUGCGUAGAUCCAAUAAACAUGACUUUUGUUUUUUUCCUAUGAUAUUUUAGUUUGUUUUUAGCAAGCCAUUUAUGAAUACUGGAAAGGUCCAUAUUCAAAUUGUCAAUCAAUGUAUCGUAAUCAUGCGAAGAGGAAGAUAUCUGAGUGUCGUCGGCAUAAAGACAUGGGGUUGUCCUUUCUAAAAUAUCAGGCAUAUCAUUAAUAUAUAGCAAAAACAAUAAUGGACCAAGUAUGGAUCCUUGCGGAAUUCCGCAUAUUAUUGUUCUUGCAGAAGAAGUUUGAUCAUUAACAGAACACACUUGCUUUCUAUUCCUUAAGUAUGAUUGGAACCAUUUUAACUCAAUGUCGUGAAUUCCAAACCGGGUUUUAAGCUUCUCCAAUAAUAUCUCGUGAUUCACCGAGUCAAAUGCUUUACAUAUAUCAAGAAAAACAACUCCAUUUAUUUUGCCUUCAUCCAUGUCUUGUAGCCAUUGAUCACACAUUUGUAUAAGAGCACCUAAGGUUCCAUGUUUUGGUCUAAACCCGGACUGAAAUUUAGACAGAAGCGCAUGUUUAUUCAAAAAGCUAUAUAUUUGAGUAAAAACUUCCCCUUCAAAUAUUUUACUUAUUAUGGGAAGAAUUGAAAUUGGUCUAUAAUUUUCGCAUUUACGCUUAUCCUCAGAUUUGUAAAUUGGUAUAACUCUAGCCAAUUUCCACUCAUCUAUAUAAAUACCAGUUCUAAUCGAUAGGUUAAAUAUAAAAGUUAUAGAUGGAGCAAUAAGGGUUGAUGUCAGUUUUAAAAUAUUCGCAGGUAUUCCAUCCAUACCUGUCGCUUUUGAGACAUUUAGUUUUUGUAGGCGUUUGGAAACACUAUCUAUAGUAAUAUCUGCGAAGUGAAAAUUUUCUUUAGGAAGAAGCACAGUACUUUCAUAAAUUACUUGAUCAUUUAAAGCAUCAGUGCUUUGACAUGCUGAUUCAGCAGCCAUCUUCAUUCCAAUAUUUAUAAAAUAUUCAUUUAAUGUUUCAGUAAUAGAUUUAUCAUCAGAAAUAAUAUCAUCAUUUACUUUCAGUUCAUUAAUAUUUGCAUUCUUAUGCUUUCUUCCUAAGAGCGAAUUUAUCCAAGCCCAUCCGCUUUUACUGUCUCCCAUUUGAGAGCUUGCCUGGAUUUUAUCACAAAAGUACUUAGAUUUUGCUUUCCGCAUGUUUAUAUUUACUUCAUUACGUAGUGUUUUAUACAAUUCCCACUGUGACUCCGAAUCAUAUUUUAUGGCCUUUUUUUUGUGAUAGUCCCUUUUUCUCAUAAGUUCUUUAAUUUGAGGAUUAAUCCAUGGGACAGGGUUAUUCCUUAUUCGCUUGUGGCGCAGAGGGGCAUGUCUAUUAAGUGCAUCUAAUAAUAGUGAUUUCCAGACUUGCCAACAUAAAUUGGGAUCUCCAAACUGAUAGACCAUCUCCCAAGGCAAUUGAGACACAUCCCGAAUGAAAUCAUUUUCGACAAAGUUUUUAAAGUUACGAACCUGACGAAUUUUUUGCCUUCCAUUCGGUAGUGUAAAUUUUCUCACAGCGUAGACAAGGCUGUGAUCUGAAAUUCCCAGGUGAAUGACACCUGAUCUGGAAAUAUUUUCUGGUCUAUUUGUUAAUAUUAAAUCAAUUAGUGUAGCUGAUUUAGGAGUUAGCCUUGUAGAUUCUUUAAUAAGUUGGUCUAUCUGAUACAGAGAACAUAAAAAUUGCAACUUACAUGUGUGAGGGUCAGGUAUAGUUUUACUGACAUCACAAUUUAGAUCUCCUAUGAGGAUUAGCUCCUUAUCUUCAUUAUCACAUUUUGCUAAAAAGCUUGCCCAGUAAUCAAAUAUAUUCAUAAGAGAAUUUGGUGGUCUAUACCACGUGCUUAUUAGCAGUGAUUUAUUGUAGGGUAAACUUAAUUCAAUGCAGACCAUCUCAAGUUCAUCAGGGAUUAGAUCUAUUCUAUCUGAGAAUGAUAUGUUUUGGCGAACAUAUAGAACCACACCACCACCAAACCUAUUUCGAUCUUUACGAAUUAUAUUAAAACCAUCAAUAUGUAUCUCAUUAUUUGAAAUCUGAUUAUCAAUUUUGGACUCAUUAAUUGCAAGAAUGUCAAGGGCGUUAUUGUUAAGGAUUAAGCGAAUUUCAUCCAGAUGUUUCAUUAAGCUAUUUACAUUUAAGUUGGCUAUCUUCAAACCUUUACUUUUGGCGAUUAUGUUAAUUUCACUAUCUAUGCCUAAUAAAGAAUUGCUUGGCACAUCUUGACAAUUUACUUGUUCACGUUCAUUAUCGCAUUUAGUAGUUCUGCCAGAUGGUUUAUUGUGUUCUUUGGAAAAUCCUGACGGGAAUGUUUUUGUGGGCGCAGUGAACUUAAGGAUUGCCCAUCCCUAAGGAACUUAAUAAAAUGUGUAGCUAGUAUGGCAGUCCCCUUUGCAUUUAGAUGCAGGCCACUAGAGUUCAAACAUGUCUCAUCUAUUGACAUAUUACUUAUAAAUGUCACAUCAUGCUUAGAUGACAAACUCUGAACUUUCUCAUUAAUUUCUUCUAUGUGUGUGUGUCCCAUAUUUUCUUUACAUAUUCCUCUUUUUUAAUUUGCACGUACAGCGUAAUAUUUUUAUUUGUGAUAGUUCCUAUUAUCUGUAAUUGGCUUUAUAUUUGUAUUUGUUUGUGUUGUUCUAUUUUUAUGUGGUGUCCCUUGUGAGGCACGGUACAUGUGCUGUACAUUUUUUAACACUUCACUGUCUAUUGAAUAUUUAUGAUAUUUCCGUGCCUGAUGCAUUGUUCUAUUUUCAAAUUUAACUUCUUUAAUAUUAAUUAUUUUUAGAAAAUGUUCCUGCAAAAGAUGGCCAGGAACCUGAAAAGGUAAAAACGUUGUAUUACACAUUACAUGUUAAUAUUAAACAAUACAUUGAAGUUCGUUAUGUGUUAGUCAGUCAUUGGGUAAACUUUUAGUUCUAAUUGUAUUAAAAGGAUCACUGCCAUACCAGAAAAUCUUCAAUAUAAUAUUGAACUCUUGUUCAAAAUCAUUUCCAGCUGAUUCACUCUUAUUUGGUUAAUUGUGGUACAUUGUACUAUAGCUAUACACGAGAUUAGCAUUAUACAUGUACAGUAAAGCCUGAUCGAUCCGCAUUUUUGAGAUGCAUGAGGUAGCAGUGUUGUGACGUACGUUAUCUGGAUUGAGAUGGUGUGAAUUGAUGUGAGGUAGCGUCAGGUGUGGUUAGGGUGAGGUGGUGUGAGCUAGCUCUUAUUUAGUGCUAUACUUAGUUUAUGUUUAGCUAAAUAUCAUAAUUUUGAGCAUCUUACUCAUUAGAACUAAUUUUUAUGGGUUUUGUAGAUGGAAAUUUCGAGUGUAAAACAUCCUGCAAAACACCAUGUGUUUUACACCGCCCUGAUUAGGAUAACCGGGAGCAGUUGCGAAAUUAAAAUGUACCUAUAGGCCCUCUGAUAGGAAUCUAACCUACGGCCCUGCGAUUCCCCUGCAGCACUUUAACCAACUGAGCUACAGAGUCCAGAGCUACAUGAAGCAGAGCGCUGCACCGGGCAAGGCGCUACUGAAAAACACAUCGUGACGUAGGCUUCCUGAUUAAAAAUGCGACUACAUACAGUAGUUGGGCGUCGAUUGAGUCAAUUUGCCGCCUUGAAUAAUGCGGUUUGGAUGGCCAAUGGAGAACUUGGUCUCCAACUGAUACAAGAGUAUCAGCGACUCUGCACAUCGAUUGUGAUGUGCGACAAAAUUUCCACUCCAUACUCUUUUCGUGUACGAAAUCUUUCAUUUCUGUGGUAUCUCUUCCUUACUUAAUUUUUUUUUACUUUUCACUAGAUGGGAAAUGUUUAUCCUCACAAACCAUAUCAUGUUUCUCGUACAAGAAGAACAGAAUUAAACAAAAAUGAAUCAUUGUUUUCUGCCAUGACUGAUGAUGAAGAUGUUGUUAGAACUGUUUAUCUGACAGGUCAACCUGGAUCUGGGAAAACAGAGUUAGCUCGACAAUAUGGUGAACAGUUUAUAAAGGCGACAUCUUCCGAUGAUACAUCCAAACCUUUGGUGAUUACAUUGAAUGCCAACUCAGAAGAAUCUCUUUUGGAAUCAGUGAAAGAAGCUACGCGAAAAUUACCACUGCCAGUGCGUAUGGAGCUUCCAAUAAAAAGUCUUGAAGAACUGAUGAAAAACCUGAGAGAUUAUUUCCGUAAUUACAGUGGUGCUUGGCUUCUUAUUAUUGAUGACAUGUUCGAAAAGAAUGACUUCAAUAAGUUAUUUCCACGACCUGGUGGCAAGGAAUGGGGUGGUGGUCAGGUCCUGGUCACAACACAAGAUAAUAAUCUCGUACCUGCUUGCCAUCUGUUUGCAAAGAAAUUGUCCUUGAACAAGGGAAUGACUAAAGAAGAUGCUCUUGCAUUGCUGAAGGAGAUCAGUGAUGUUGAAGUUGAUGAUUUUGCUGAAGAAAUUAUUAAAGAGUUGCAGCGUUUUCCUCUUGCUUUGGCGUGUUGUGCAAUAUAUGUUGGAGAAACAAGACAAGAUCGUCCUUCAAUACAGUUCGGAUGGAAAGAAUAUCUAGACCUUUAUCGUCAAAAUGCCAAACUUGAAUCCCGAACAUUUUCCAAAAACAAUGUUUAUCCUUUAUCCAUGACGGCUGCUAGUACAAUGGCUGUAAAGCGAAUGGCAGAAACAAAUGAUGUUCUACGACUAACAUUUUCGUUUCUUUCAUAUUGUGUAUUGCUUCCAGUUCCUUUGAAUGUACUAGCACCCCACGUCAAGGAAAAUCUACCAGACCAGAGUGAUAAACGGCCUACAACAAAGGAAGAAAUUAAAAAAGAGAUUUCAAGGUGUACACUACUCGUUCACGGACAGUCACAGAACGUUGAAACAAUAAAAUAUCAUCAGGUAAUUCACAAUGCCUUUCAAAGUGCAGAAAACACAAAACCUGUUGAGCAGCGGGAACUUGAAUUUGUCAAAAUGAUGAAAUCUUUGAACGACACACUAGAUUUCAUGGACAAUACGUAUAAAGAAAACGUACUUCUUAAAGUCCUUGUGAGAUUUCACCUGAAGUCAUUUGUCGAUCAUGCCAAUGAUAUGUCCUGGAAUGAUACGGCUGAAUUUGUCUUGAUUUCUAUGAAAGACGAUCAGUUUCUUUUUUCAACGUCGAACAUGCCCGAUGAAAGCGCUGUCAAGAGUCUGGAAUUGCUGUAUUAUAAUUUUUUUUUAGAACUUAACUUAUCCGACGAGAGUUGUUGUGAUAUAUUGGCCAACCUUGGCUUCUAUUAUCUAGAACUUGACCGUGAUGAAGUUGCUUUGAAUUUUUUAUGUAAAGCUUAUUUCAUGACGGAGGGUAAAAGUGAGAAAAAAUGGUUGUUGUUAAGAUGUCGUAUCUUGUACAACUUAGCCCGGACGUAUUACAACAUGGACAGUUUGAGCCUUGCUGUAGAAAUGAUGAAGAGGUCGAUUGACUUGGCCAAAAAUGUGUAUAUCAAGGAAGAAGAUAAAGUUAUGAACAGAUUUUAUUGGCUUGCUUACUUUACUACUUUUCGAUGAAAUUUUGGAAACUAGGAGCAGUUGUCGAAGAAGCAGCAGAAUUUUUGUCAAGUUGUGCGCCAGAUAGUGAGAGUGUAAGCAGAGCACGUUGUUUGGACUAUCUAUCGCGUGUAUACGUGUUUGGCAUUAUUGCAUCCACUUUUAAGCCUUGGAAAUACCGGAACUAUAUAAAUUUGGUGGCAAAUGUUACGAACAAAUGUCUGAACAUUUAUGAACACGUAUUAGGAGAUGAAGCUUCCUCGUGCCCAGAAUACUGUUUGGUACUCGCCCAGUCUGCAACACUUAAAUCAGAGGCAAACCCAACUGAAGCAAGAACACAACUGGAGAAAGUACUUGAAUACUGCAUUCAAAAUGGUGACAAGUUUAACUAUAGCCGGAUAGCUGCUCGUAAGAAACAUUUCUGUGACAAUUCAGGUCGGUGGCGAUAUUUGUUAUAUUCGAUUCGAAGCUUUAUAAGGGGACGUUUGGUAUUUGCUGAGGGAAUUAACCUAUAUGACGAUAUCUUGGAGGAUUGUAAUACUGAACAAAUAUCACCAUCUCGUCGACAGAUAAACACGCUCAAGAGAUCCAGAAAUUUUUUAAUUUGGUGUAACUAUACUUUAAUCUUUUUAAUGGUUUUGCUCUUUAUUUACCUUGUCCUUGUUGUUAAGAUUUGAAGAGCUUCAUGAUUCAUGAAACAGCGUCCCUUUGAUUGUCCAACUAUACCCGAACUAAUCUUUUUGGGAACGCUUUUAUCAUUUCUAUAUCAAAGAAGAAUAAACUUAUAAUAAUUUUUAAAGAAACAUUAUAUAAGUGACUCUGGGAUUUAUAUAUCGGACAUAUAGUAACUAUAUUUUGUAUGUAUGUAAUUUGUAAAUUUUAAGCAAUUCAGCAAUAUAUAUUAUGAUAGGCUGCAAUGUGACAUUCUAUCAAACUAUCUAUCUAUCUAUCUAUCUAUCUAUCUAUCUAUCUAUCUAUCUAUCUAUCUAUCUAUCUAUCUAUCUAUCUAUCUAUCUAUCUAUCUAUCUGUCUAUCUAUCUAUCUAUCUAUCUAUCUAUCUAUCUAUCUAUCUAUCUAUCUAUCUAUCUAUCUAUCUAUCUAUCUAUCUAUCUAUCUAUCUAUCUAUCUAUCUAAGUGACAACAUGGCGGACAGUCGUCUAUUUUCAAGCUCUGUUUGUGAGGAUAUUGUAAAAACUGGCAUUCGAUCAAUAAGCGUUAAAUAUCCCAUUACUAUUGAGAAGACACGUUCUGGUCAAAAAUUAAAGUGGUUAGGAAGUUGGGAAGAGUUCAAAUCAUUCAUUACAGCCGAAUUAAAAUUGGCUGGUGAGUGGUACGUCAUUUGUAAAUAGCAAUGGCGGCAUUUACGUUUUAAAAUGUGAAGCUCUCCUUUUAUCCGACCACAAAAACAGUUAACGUGCAAGGUGUGAUGAAAGAUGUUGUCAAAAAGAAUCUAUCGGACUUAUAUUUACUGAGUCAAUAUUCAGCAGAAAGUAAUAUUUCUGUGCAAGAUCAACAACAAAUUAAUGUCGAAGACGAAGAUGAUAGCGUGGGCGAAACCGAGUGCGUUCUAUUGAUGAUGCGGCAGCACAUGCCGAUUCUCAAUUGGGUUAUGAUAAAACCUCGCAAUUCAACCACACUUGUCAUGAUUGUCGACAAAAUAAAUUGGUUAUUGAAUCGUUCCUUCACAGGUUAGACAUUAAGUAAACUCAAGAUCUCAAGAAAUCUCUUACGAUAAUCUACUCUCCAGCUACAAAAUUAUGAAGGAGGAGUGAGACAGUCUAUUGACAACUUUAAGGUUGUUGAUGAAAGACUUCAAGUCAUCUGAAGAAAAUCAUACUAAUUUUAAUGAAGCUAGUAAACCGAAACAAAAUGGUGGAUCAUCUACCGAAGGCGAAGCGUUAAACGGCAAAACUAAAAUUGCAUCUCGUGAAAGGAAUUUGAGUACUAAAUCUCAAUCACCAACACAUACGAACACAUCAGAAGACAACAACGGCGUAAGAAGCGAUCGCGAAGUCGAGAAAGGAAUUAAAGCUCACUCAGUACGUACAUCUGGUACAGACAGAACAGGAGGUGAUGUUUUUGUUGUGGGAGACUCCAUGAUCAAAUAUGUACAAGGAAGGAGGCUGUCAAAAAAGCAUAAGGUAACCACUAUAACCUGUCCUGGUGCCACGGUGGCUGACAUGAGUGAUUUUGUUAAACCUGUCAUUGGAAAAAAGCCCAAAAAAAUUAUUAUUCAUGUUGGCACCAACAACGUCCGACAUGAUAAACCAGAACAGUUAAGCAGAAAGAUUGUUGAUUUGGCAUAUAAUAUUAAGAAGGAGCAGCCUACAGUAGAUAUAGCCAUUUCAUCUAUAAUUCAUAGAUCUGAUAACAUAUCGCUAAACUCCAAGAUCAAUCAAGUGAAUGAUAGCUUAAAACAUCAAUGUUCUAAUUAUAAGUUUGAUUUUAUUUGUAAUGACAAUUUAAAGGAGAACAUACUAAAUGCAUGGUACAGAUACUGAAAAGAGCCAUGAUGAAUCCUCACAAUCGUACAAUCAGUCGUUUGACGAAAUUAUGUCUAGUUGUAGAGGCUUCAAAAUGGCAUCGCUAAAUAUAAACAGUCUAAACAAACACAUUGACGAGUUGAAAGUAUUAAUGAUGCACAAACCCAUUGAUGUGUUUGCAAUUAAUGAAUCCAAAUUAGACCAGGAUGAUGCUAACGAUCUUAUUGCAUUAACUGGCUAUAUGGUAGAACGAAGAGAUCGUAAUAAACAUGGUGGAGGGGUCUGCGUUUAUAUUCGUAACUCAAUAAACUACAAAAGGCGCUUUGAGUUAGAAGAUCAAAAUUUGGAAAUUAUUGUAAUUGAGGUUAUAAAGCCUUAUUCUCAACCUUUUCUUAUUAUAGCGUGGUACAGACCACCGAAAAGUCCUUUACAAUGUUUUGAGCAAUUUGAGGCCUGUUUUAUACGUCGAAUUUUGGUCGCGUCGAAUGCAAUUAAGACAAUAGAUAAUGAAGCUUAAUGAGGUUUAUCAUCUCAUUAUCUAUUGUUUGAAUUGCAUUCGACGCGACCGAAAUUCGACGUAUAAAACAGGCCUGAGAAUCUUUACAAAACAAUUGAUAGUAAAUACAAAGAAAUUUACAUUUUAGGUGACCUGAAUUGUAAUUAUCUAUUAAAUCCCCCUGAGUGUCAUACACAACACCUUAAUAAUUUAUUAGUUAACUACCAACUGAAUCAAAUUAUUGUUGACCCAACCAGAGUAAAUAGCACUUCGCAAACUUUGAUUGAUUUAAUAAUUACUAACAAAUCUGAUUCUAUUAUCAAUUCGGGAGUUUACCCUCUGUCAAUAAGUGACCAUUAUUUAAUUUACGCAGUACGGAAAAUCGGCAUACGUAAUGGUAAACCACGAUAUAUUGAAUGUCGAAACUUUAAAAACUUUAGUGAAUCUAAGUUCAAAAAGGACCUAAAAUCUACUCAUUGGCCUAUAAUUAAUGAGUUUGAUGAUGUCAAUGAUGCAUGCGAUACAUGGACAUCUAGAUCUGUUUUUAGUGAAGUGAUUGAAAAACACGCGCCUGUACGUAGUUUCAGAGUUCGUAAUAAACCUAGUCCUUGGCUUAAUUCAGAACUCAAAUAUUUAAUGAUAAAUAGAGAUAAACUGAAGAAAAAGGCUAUUUCAUCCAAUAAUUCUGAAUCUUUGUCUGCUUAUAAGCAGCAAAGAAAUUUUGUAAAUAAUAAGAUCAGAAAAGCGAAAAAGGCAUAUUUUCAAGACGAACUCAACAGAAAUGUAAAUAAUGUUAAAGAAACAUGGAAAAUUUUAAAUAAUGCGUUGGGAAAGAAAUCGGAUAACAUCGAAAUAAACACGCUGUCAUCUGACUCAGGAGAAAUCUUAACCCAGUCUCAUUUGACAUUGCAAAUUCGCUUAAUAAAGAUUUCGUUGGAAUUGGUCCGAAAUUGGCCUCCAAUGUUCCCCUUUUAGGCAAGGUAGCAACAGCUAAGGAUUACAUGACCCAGGUUGAAUCGUCAUUUGAAUUUCAAAAGAUAGAUUCUAAAGACGUCUUCAAAUUAAUAAACAAAUUAAAUUUGCGUAAAGCUUCGGGCUGUGAUAAAAUAUCAAAUAGAUUAUUAAAAAUAUCUGGUCCUUAUAUUUAUGAAGCUUUAAUAAAUUUGUUCAAUCUUUCUCUUACAACAAAUAAAUUUCCGACAAGGUGGAAAAUUGCAAAAGUCUUUCCAUUACAUAAAACAGAGGAAAGGUAUAAUGCAAAUAAUUAUAGGCCUAUUUCGGUGUUAUCUUCAAUUGCACGUCUCUUUGAGCGCCUUGUGUAUAACCAAAUGUAUGCUUAUUUAUCUAAACAUAGACUAAUCAAUACCCGUCAAUCUGGAUUCCGUUCACUUCACUCUACCAUGACAGCCUUACUGGAUAUGACAAAUCAAUGGUGUUUUAAUAUUGAUAAAGGGAUGUUAAACGGUGUGAUUUUUCUUGAUCUAAAGAAGGCUUUUGACACCAUUGAUCAUGAAAUUUUGCAAAUGAAACUUGCAUGUUAUGGUUUGAAAGAGUGUAGUUUGGAAUGGGUUGAAUCCUACUUGACAAAUAGGGUACAAGUUUGCCAUGUAAAUGGCAUAUAUUCAAAUGAAGAAACCAUUUCCUGUGGGGUUCCACAAGGUUCCAUUUUGGGUCCGGUCUUAUUUUUGCUAUAUAUAAAUGACCUACCCAGUUGUUUGGAACAUGGAAUUGCCAGGCUAUUUGCUGACGAUACAAAUAUGACUUCCACAGGUCGCAAUUUGGAAUCGGUAGAAAAUAAAAUGCAGAUUGAGCUUAAUAAAAUAUUCAAGUGGCUUUGUGCAAACAAGUUGACACUGAAUAUUUUAAAAACCGAUUUCAUGGUUAUUGCUUCUCGACAAAAGCUAGCGGCCUUGGGAGACUCAAUAACAUUGUCAGUAAACGGUGUUUUAUUAAGCCAAGUUCGUUCGGUGAAAUCCUUAGGAGUAAACAUAGACGAAAACUUAACUUGGGAAAACCAUGUGGAGAGUAUUCGCUUAAAAGUAUCCCGUAAUAUUGCUACUGUGAGGCGAUUAAAGCCCAUUUUAACACAAAAAAAACUAAUAUCACUCUAUCGGGCAAUAAUUGAACCAUAUUUCAUUUAUUGCUCCAUAGUUUGGGACAGCCUUGGUCAAACAUUAGACAAGUCUCUACAAAUUUUACAAAAUAGGGCUGCCCGUGUGAUAACUGGGGCACAUUUCUCAACAUCAUCCUCAAAACUCUUAAAAAGACUUGGCUGGAUGAAUAUUCAGGAAAUGAGGUAUCAACAAAAGGCUAUGAUGAUGUAUAGAAUAGUAAAUGGUAAUGCACCAUCUUAUUUAAUAGACAUAUUUAAACAUUGUCAUGCUUUGGAUAUAUAUAAUCUCAGAAGGUCUAAAAUAACCUUCGAACUUCCAAAAAAUCGAACACUGUAUUACAAUUCAAGUUUUGCCUUCACUGGUGCUAAAUUAUGGAAUUCUCUUCCGGAUGAGAUAAAAGACGCACCAUCACUUAAAAUAUUUGUAAAAAUGUUAGACUCGACUAUAUUCUGUGCCAACUAGAAUAUGUUUUCUGUAUAUGGUUUUAUAUUGAAAUAUUAAGAUACACGGCUUUUAGGAAGAACAAAU